GUAAACACCGCCGUCCAUAAUCAUCAUGCCACAAACAUAUUACGACUGUCCAUAUCCCCGAAUGCCGUGCUUAGUUGUGACGGGUUUACUCGGGGUGUCCUGGCCCGCUAUGGUCUUCAUAUACGGACCGCACGCCACUAUCAGCCAUGUCAUGCUUGUCGCUUAUGUCGUGGCUCAGGUCCUGGUGUUUAUCUUAAACCCUGAGAAUUAUUAUGAAUUUACUAGGAAAAGCCCAGAUGGUAGUGAAGUUAGGGUUCGGCGCCCCCUUGUAGGGUUCAAGCGGUGUGAGACGCUGGUUGGCUUAACGGGCGGGUAUGAGGUGCGAAUGGAUGGUUGGAGGUAUGAGCCAGCAUUGGUUCGGAUUUAGGCAUUGUUUGUUAGAUUCAAAGGAUGUGUGCUCUUACUGGUGUAGGUGCUGUAAUUAUUCUCCUUCCGCCUUGCCCCGGGAAAAGUCCUCUUCCUAC